AUGGGACUCUGGAUUAUCAAAUAGCGUGGUAGAAAAAAUACAAUUACUAUGAUGGAACAUCAAUGUGCGGUGGAAAUUGGAAUGAAGUAUCAGUGAAUUUGAACUUAAAUAUAAAGCAUAGUGGCCGACAGCCGUAGUAAUUUUCAAAACCAAUUUAGAUUAAGGCCCUGAUAAUUUAUAACAAUUAGAAAAUUUAAUUAGGAGUCUUGUGGAUUUAGAGAUUUCAUUAUAUUAGUCGAGAAAUGUCCUUAAGAAUGUUUAAUAUGCCAAUAGACUGAUACUAUAUUUGAAUGUUAUUUUUGAAAAGUAAUAUAGACUAGUUGGAACUAAUUAGAUAUUAAUGGAAUAGUAUUGGAUGGUUGGAUAGUUAGAUCUGGAAUUUCUGAGGCGACCAAAUGUAGAUGUAAAUAGAAUUAUUAAUUAUUUUAAAUUAGUAUGUUAUCCAACAUGUUAUUAAUGCGAUGGGCCCAAUAUAGAUAAUUGUACAAAUUUUGGAGAUCCUAAUAUAUAUCAUAAUCAUUUGGUUGCUGGAUAAUGUAUAUGUUUAAUAAGAACAAUAGAAUAUAUUCAGAUUGAUGAAACUUUAUGUUUACGUAUUAAUUCUCAUUUAAGUAUUUUAGAUUGUCAUCCAAGGUGUGAGAAAUGUUAUUUGCCGUUUGAUACAGUAGGUUCUCUAUAUUUUGAUGUAUCUUUAAAAAUUUGAUAAUUAAAUUGAAUACUUUAAAAUCAUUUCAUUUAAAUUUUUUAUAAUAAAUGAGAUAAUAUAAUAAAUAGAUUGCAAUAUAGUCAAUGAAUAUUGCACAAUGUGCAUAGCAGGGUAGGAUAGAGUUGUUUCUGAUCAACUUAAUUGUGUUUGUAAAUAUCUUAAUAAUUUAGAAUGUCAUUACACAUGUGAAAAUUGUAAUGGUCCCUUAGUCACAAAUUGCACAACCUGUUCAUCUUAGUCUAAUCGUAAUCUAACUUCUGAUAAAUAGUGUUUAUGCAACAAAGCUUACAUUAAUACUGGAAUCAACUAGGCUAUGUAUUAAUGUACCUUAUUUACUACAUCAUUUUACAGACAUUCGCCACCAUAUAUGCUCCGAUUGUGAUCUGCCUGGAGAAGAUUAGUGUACAAGUUGUCCAAUUACAAGAUAACCUGAUAUAAUUGGAAACCAUUUUAAAUGUUUGAAUAAAGAUUCUCAUUAUUUCAGUGAUGAUACACAAUUAAAUUGUUUGGAAUGUCAUUUUACCUGCAAAACUUGUAAUGGCAUAAAUGAUUAUACAGUUUUUAUUGUAUUAUUAUUAGAAUUUAAAAUCGUUAUCAUAAUAAUCAAACUGAAAAUGUUCAAUAAUGCUUUUUUGACUCUAAUUGUUUAACGUGCAACCUUUCUUAUCGCUAAUUAGUAAAUGUUCAAAUGCAUUUUUCCUUAUGGUUAUUACGAUGUUGGUUAAUUGCAAUGUUCCCGUAAUUAAAUUGAUCACAUGUGCUGCUAGUAAGACAAAUAUUAUUAUGA